ACGCGUCGCGCUACACUCAUCGCGUAGACUUACUGGCACUCUUUCACGCCACGUACGGUAUCCAUCCCGAUCUUCCCUUAAAUGUUGAAGUAGUGUCAUAUUCUAUUACAGAGGUACGGACCAUAUCCACGGUUUCGCCGCUGCAAAAAGGACUAAAUUAAACUAUUCGCGGAUUUGUGAUCUUCUCCAUUUAACAAUAAAGGCUAUACUGGGCGGAAUGGUAUCUAGGACAAAGUCUGCAGAUGCAACCUACAUAGGGCUCGAGGCCGAUGAAAUAGUGGAACUCGUGUACCGGAACCGUGUAACAAAUAUUUUCUCUACAUCUCUCCAGUCGUGCGGCAUGAUGUCGGCCAAUCACGCGGCCAAGUCAACUUUAGACAAAUAUCUGGCCCUUCCGCAACCGCGCGAUAAGAUCCAGGCGACCUAUAUAUGGAUUGAUGGGUCCGGCGAAGCGCUACGUUGCAAGACAAGGACCAUCGCUAAAGAGCCAGCGAAGCCAGAUGAUUUGCCGAUUUGGAACUUCGAUGGUUCGUCAACGGGUCAGUCGAAAGGCAAUAAUUCUGAUGUCUACCUUUACCCAGUAGCUAUUUACAAUGAUCCAUUUCUUGGAGGACAGAACAAGCUUGUCAUGUGCGAAACCUAUACCUGGGAUAAAAAACCUCAUUCGACGAACAAGCGUCACUCCUGCAAGAGGACCGUCGAUCUCUGCGCAAACCAACGACCGUGGUUCGGGAUAGAACAGGAAUACACGCUGCUCGAUACCGAUGGAUAUCCUUACAUGUGGCCUAAACAGGGCUUUCCAGGACCUCAAGGUCCAUAUUACUGCGGUGUGGGAGCCAACAAAGUGUAUGGCCGCGACCUUGUUGAAGCUCAUUAUCGUGCCUGCCUUUAUGCGGGAAUUAACGUAGCCGGCACUAAUGCAGAGGUGAUGCCCAGUCAAUGGGAAUACCAAGUUGGGCCAUGUGAGGGUAUCGAUGUGGCAGAUCAGCUCUGGGUAUCGAGAUAUAUUCUACAACGGCUUGGGGAGCAUUUUGGAAUCCUCGUUUCCUUCGACCCGAAACCUAUGAGAGACUGGAACGGAGCCGGCGCGCAUACAAACUUUUCCACAGAGACGAUGAGAAAACCCGGUGGAAUUAGUGCAAUUCAAGAAGCAAUCACCAAACUCUCGAAGCGACACCGUGAGCAUAUUUGUGCAUACGACCCUCGAGGCGGAAGGGACAACGAGAGAAGGCUGACAGGCCUCCAUGAGACCUCUUCGAUUAACGACUUCAGUGCAGGAACUGCUAAUCGUAAUGCCUCUAUUCGAAUUCCACGACUGGUGGACGAGGAAGGUCAAGGCUAUCUGGAGGACAGGCGCCCAUCAUCCAACUGUGACCCCUACUCUGUGGUCGACAUCAUUCUACGCACCACGUGCCUCAACGAGUAGGCGGGCUCUCAGUGAGCUACUUAACAGCCACAAUAACCAACUAGGCCUGGUCUUCCUCAACACUUCAAGCAUAGGCUCAACACAUUUGAGAUACACUGAGGUUCGUUUAGAGCGUUGACCUCAAUAAAGUUACGUGUCCAUUCAGUCGAGAAUCGUGUGUGCGAAGUUUUAGAAGGUGGCUGAAAAUACCAAUUAACUUCUCUUCUAUUGAACCACGUAUGAGAGUCGUAUGAUUAGCAAAGAAGUAAUGGUAAAUAAAUUACAAGACGAUUACUAAUAACCAAUAAAGUGAUAAAAGACAGUUUUCUGUCGUUAAAGAAGUAUAAUAUUGCGCGUUGGACGUUGCCGUUUAGUUGUUAGACUAAGUAUUAUAACGGCUUAUAAAUUUAAUAUAAUUUAAUUCUUCCUUUUAUCUUUGUGUGUGUGUACUGAAGUCCACAAUUAUAUAAAUGAGACAUCGAACCUUUAAUCGAUUCACUAUCCAUUAUAUUUCCUAAUAUUUUCAUUAGGUGUUACCUCACCUACACUCAAUAAAUAAGAUGUCCCCCUAUUCGAGCAUCAGGAGAUCGCACGAUCUAGGGAUCGUUGAUGGCUGACAUGACAAAGUCGUCUAUUAAAGCCUUUCUAUGACGUAUUCGUAUGUUCGAUGAUAGUCAUUCGAACCAGAAAUAAUAUGGCAGCUUUGCUUUCGUUGGAAAACUAUACAAACGUUUACAGAUGCUUUCAAUAAUUGCACCUUAUUUAUAUGCACCAUAAAGUUUCAUUAUUAUAAACUUCUGAAGCUUACAAUCGUUGCAAAUAUGGAAACCAAUUGUUGCAUACAGCAUGGCCGCGUUGACAAACCCAUCUUUCAUGCAACUGUAUUUAUUCAAGAUGUUAAAAAAUAAAUUACUAGCAUUGAGAAUAAACCAUGCUUUAGUUCCUGUUGUUCUCAAGUCGAAAAUACUCGAAGAUUUUUCUCUGUGUAAGAUUUUUGCAGGUAAGCGCUAUUACAGAUCAAUCCAAAGAAGCGAUUUGAAGCAACUUAAAUAACCGUUUUAUUAAAGACAAUAAUCCUUUUCAGAAAACUUCGCUCAGGUAUAUAUGGUCACACGGAACGAUAACUGUCACAGUGAACUAAUUUGAUUAUCUUUACGAGUUUUGUCUGCUACCUAAGGCUCUACUGUAUCCACUAAAUUCAAUCCUUGCAAGUAUGUCGGUAGCAACAUAAUUGACAAGUUCAUUUAUAUACGAAUAGUCUAGCUAUUCAUUAUUACUAACGGUUAGUAUUUUUAAACUUUAAUAAAAUACUUUCAUAUGCAAAUCCUAAAUUAAUAACACUUCAUUUCAAUAAAAUUGACUAUUAUAGCUUACGAGAAAGAAGGACAAGAUGAUAAGGAAGAUAAGGUGGCCGAUGCUCACAAAAUUCUAGCCAAUGAUCUGCUUUCUAAAUCGAACAGCGAGUAUCAGUACGAGAUUCACAGAACACGAUUGGCAAACUGUAAUAAUAAUCGACAAAAAAGGACAGAAACUACAAAGUUUGCUCGAAAUUGCUGCCUACGUAAAGUAGCUUGAGCUGAUUCUCCUCCAUGCGAAAUAGAAUAUAUCUAUGAAAGUUUCCAAUCCCACCCAUUGGAACCUUCAAUGCCCCCCAAAAAGCAAUUCAACGAUAUUGGGCUCAUGAUUACAUCGGAACCAAGAAACGAGGCGCAUAAAUUAACUGAUUUCAAAAAAAUGAUCCUUCGAAGCGAGGCAAAUCAACCAAUGGUGAGCCCAAUGGAACAUGCCAGCGUACCAGUAGACUGAACUGAAAUACAGGGGACCGACACCGCCAUCAGCCUCCUGAAGUGCUUUGACGAAAACCGUUGGAGGUCACUGCCAACGAAGCUUUUCUCGCGCUAACGACUCUGUAUUCGCAGAUUACAAAGAUAUUUAAAGUUACAAGCGCUUGGCUUUAAUGGUGCAUAAACAAAUCCAUUGGAGAAUAUAAACUAUUCACACAGAGGUUCAAAGAAUAAACACAUAGUUCUACGCGAAUGUAGGUACGAA